CUACACUUGGACACUGAGGCUCAGGAGUCCACAGAGGCUGGCACAGGACCCCAGUUUUCCAGCUGAGCAGAUCCUCAUUGUAGUAACAAAGGGGUAUUCACAGUUCAAGCACCACCUCGAUCCUUGAGAGCCUGGGGUGGUUGUAGAUGUAUAAAACCCCGAAUCAUUUCUUCUGGACAUUGGCUGGCCCAACCUGAUGUGGUUGUGUUGGGCAGCUUUCUAUGGUUGUAACAGAACACUUGAAACCAACCCCCAAAGGUUGCCCUCUGACCUCCAGUCAGAGACACACAACCACACACAAUAAAUAAAUAAUUUAUUUUUAAAAUUGGCUGCCUGUCUCCAGCCAACGUGACUUUUAGAAAAAGCAGCCUCUCUCUGCCCGCUUGACCCCAGCCCUCUCUGCCUUUCCCUCAUGUGCCUUCCAGUCAAGGUGGCUCUGGAUAAACACUACUUCAUCUGUGGAAGUCCCCUGACCUUCAUUCCAAGGGGACAGGUGUGUGAUGGCCACCUUGACUGUGCCUCGGGGGAGGAUGAGGAGCACUGUGUCACGAACUUCCCUGAGAAGCCUGGAGUGGCAGUCCGCCUCUCCAAGGACCGAUCAACCCUGCAGGUGCUGGAUGCGGCCACGGGGACCUGGGCCUCUGCCUGUUUUGACACCUUCACGGAAGCACUGGCUGAGACGGCCUGCAGACAGAUGGGCUACGACAGCCGACCCACUUUCAGAGCCGUGGAGAUUGGCCCGGACCAGAAUCUCACUGUAGCUCAAGUCACAGGAAACAGCCAGGAGCUUCAGAUGAAGAACGUCAGUGGGCCCUGCCUUUCCCUGGUUUCCCUGAGCUGCCUUGAAUGUGGAAGGAGCCUGAAGACUCCUCGCGUGGUGGGCGGGGUGGAGGCCUCUGCGGAUUCCUGGCCGUGGCAGGUCAGCAUCCAGUAUGACAGGCAGCACGUCUGUGGUGGGAGCAUCCUGGAUCCCAACUGGAUCCUCACAGCAGCUCACUGCUUCAGGAAGUAUCUUGAUGUGUCCAACUGGAAGGUGAGGGUUGGCUCAAACAAACUGAGCCACUUUCCAUCUUUGCCCGUGGCCAAGAUCUUCGUCACCGAGCACAAUGCCCUGCACCCCAAAGAGAAGGACAUCGCCCUUGUCAAGCUGCAGUCGCCACUCACAUUCUCAGACACCGUCAGGCCCAUCUGCCUGCCCUUCUAUGAUGAAGAGCUCAUCCCAGCCACACCACUCUGGGUCAUUGGAUGGGGCUUUACAGAGCAAAAUGGAGGGGAGAUGUCUGACGUACUGCUACAGGCAUCAGUCCAGGUCAUUGACAGCACACGGUGCAACGCAGAGGAUGCCUACCAGGGAGAAGUCACCGAGGAGAUGCUGUGUGCAGGUGUCCCACAAGGUGGCGUGGACACCUGCCAGGGUGACAGUGGCGGGCCUUUGAUGUACCACUCUGACCAGUGGCAGGUGGUAGGCAUUGUGAGCUGGGGCCAUGGCUGUGGGAGCCCAAGUACCCCUGGAGUGUACACCAAGGUCACUGCCUAUCUCAAUUGGGUCUACAAUGUGCGGAAGUCUGAGAUGUAACACUGCUGUCCGCCACAUCCAAAAGCUCCUUCCCUUUAGACCUGCCCACUGCCUGAUCCCUCAAAGUCAGACACAAGGGCAAGAGCCUCCUUGAACACGACUCCGGUAUUUCCUGCAGCGACCAAGGACCCAGACACACACAUUGCAGAGUGCCCAGAAGGAAGUAUGGUGUGCUAGCUCCCACAACCCCAGGGAGACAUGCAUUCCACUGAGGGAAGCCAGACCGUCGAUUCAGUUCUCAGAUGUAUUAUUCAGCCAAAGAGGCUCUCCCUUCGAGAGUCCAGAUCACUAAGGGCUGAGUCAAGGAGAAAAGGAUCUGAAAGGACUUUAUCUUCUUUGCCCAUUCCUAAAACCACUGCGGUAGGAAAUCGGUCAGUUCUAACAUGAGCUGUACAGAUACAAGAUGGGCUGACAAUGUAAGAUGGAUUGGUCCGAGUUACUGUGCUGCUGUUACUGUGUUACUGUUACUUCUCACCACUGUGGUUGCCAUCAUUAAACAGCCGUGAGAAAUCUU